GCGUGCUCCUUCGCCACACCUCGGGCAUUGGCUCCGCGUUUCCCCACACACGCCGACAUCGCGCGAUGAAGUGCCCGCGCGACGCCGUGUCGCCCCGUCCCCACACACUACACUACACACGAGCGAGAGAUGCCUCGACGUCGUGUCGACUGUCCCGCGCGAUGACGUCACGCUACUCCUCGUGCGCGUGACGUCACGCCCCAGCGCGCUCCUCCAUCUCGUGACUCGGCGGGGGCACGCGCCGCCAUUUUGCUGGGCGCCUCGGGGGAGGAGGAGGUGGUCGCGAAGGCUUCGUCCCCCCUCUUGGACUCGUUCUCCAUCCUUCUCGGCGCUCGUUGUUCCCCUCGAAGCCACCAUGGUGAAGCUCUUCGUGGGAAACCUGCCGUCCGACACGGAGCCGAGCGCGCUGCGCGAGCUCUUCGAGAAGUACGGGCAGGUGAACGACUGCGAUGUGAUGCGCAACUACGCGUUCGUGCACAUGGAGAAGGAGAUGGACGCCAAGACGGCCAUCCAGCUGCUGCACAAGUCCAGCUUCGGCGGCAAUCGCAUCAACGUGCUCUACUCCACCACCAACGUGCGCAACGCCGUCAAGGUAUUCGUGGGCAACGUGGACCCCUCCGUGACCACGACGCAGAUCAAGGAGCUGUUCGGCGAGUACGGCCGCGUGCUCGAGUGCGACAUCGUCAAGGACUUCGCCUUCGUGCACAUGGAGCGCGGCUCGGCCGCCGAGGACGCCAUCUCCGCCUUGCACGGCAACUUGCUGGGCGGCCGCACCAUCAACGUGAAGCUCUCCGUCAGCCACAUGCACCGAGGAGAGGAGGGCGGUGGCGGCUACCGCAAUGGCGGGCCCAUGCCGCCAAUGCCGCCGCACCAUCACCACCACCACCCGCCUCCGCCGCCUCCGCCACCGCCGCCUUUCGUGGCUUACCCCCUACCGCACCCUCACCACCUGGGCUACGGGCGGCCCUACCCGCCGCCACCUCCGCCACCGCCUCCUCCGCCCCCACCGCCGUCGCACCUGCCGUCUCACUUGGCGGGUGGCUUUGGGCGGCCUUAUCCGGGCAUGGGGCCGCGGCCCGGCGAGCGCGGCGGCUUCUUCGACGAUCGCUUUGGCGGCUCCCGAGGGCGGCCCGCGCCGCCGCUGCCGCCCGCGUACGCGCCCGACCCGUACUACGAUCGCCGUCCGCUGCCGCCGCCUCCGCCGCCACCCCGAGACCCCUACUAUUACCGCUCGGCCGGGGCUAGGGAGCGCAGCCCGCUUAGCCGCGGCUUCGGCGCGUCGCUCGGGCCUUCGGCCGGUCCCGCGAUGUUCGCUCGGCGCGCCAUGAGUCCGGGCCCCUCUGCGCGCUACCGCCUCGGCUCGAGCCUCGACCGUGACGACGCGUACGGCCGCUUCAACGGGGAUCGCAGGGGCUACUAGCGAGAGGAGUCCUCUGGGGCCCGACGGGUCACUCACGCAGGGUCCAUUAACGAGAGGAGCUCCUCACCCCCCCCCCUCGCCCCGCUCUCCCCUUCCUCGUGGCGGCCUCUCGGGGCCCGCACUUGCGCGGCCGUUCCCCCUUCAUUCCGCGGCUCCCGGAACCCCGGCUAAGCUGAGAGCGGGGACCCGGGAUCCCCUCUCUACCCUUGUGUUUUAACGCGUGAGGCGAUCGAGGAGGAGAUCGUCACGGAAUCCCCGCGGAGACCACCCCCCCCCCCAAUCCACACUCCCCCGCCGCUGUUUGUUUUGUUGGAGACCGGGAAGAGACUCGCGGGUAAAGGCGGCACUGGCGCGGCGCGGGUCUAGGGAUUCGCUCUUGUUUCUCGUGAGAAUUGCGUUUUAUCUUUCCGAUCUUUCCGUAGUUGCAGUGAUUUGUCGGCGGAUGUUCUUUAAUAAUUUUAGAAGAUACCUUGUUUAAUAUUAAUACUACAUUCAUAAAAACACUCGCGAGUCAUGGCGGAGGUAACGGAUAAAAACAAACGCUCGGCUCGGCCCUGUACGCGCUGUUUGUAAUAAACUCCAUCUCCCGACUCUUGGACCCGGCCUGCUCCGUCUCGCUUCAUCGUAAACCGGCAGCGGCCCCAGGGCCCCCCCGUGGGCCUCCGAUCUCGCGCGACCCCCGGGGCCCUAGACGCGCUUCCGCCGACCCCGGGCAUCGAGUAGCAGCAGCAACAGCAGCGGUGGCGGCGGCGGGGACCCGAACCCCCUAGGGGCGCAGCGGCUGGGCGGACGGGGGGCCUCGGCCGGCGAGGGUGCGAGGGAAGAUUGGAGUUAGGGGGUGAGGCGGGCCGAGAGGCACAGGUAAGGAGGAGGAGGUGGCAGGUAGAGGCGUGGGGUGGUGCUGGGGCCCGUGGAUAGCGCCUGCCCCUGUACCCCCUCGCGCACGAGCUCGCUCCCUGUGCACGGCGUGUGUGGCGUGGCUUCGUGGUACUGUGUUGGUGUGGUACGUGUGUGCUGUAGGGUAUGGCAAGUGCUGCAGGCCUGGUAAGUAUUUGCAUGUGUGAUGCGUGCGUAAGGUGUUGGCGUGAGGGUGUGAAUAAUGGCCGUGUGUUGGGUGGAAUACGUGCAAGGGUUUUGACACGUUUGGCUCUCAGGUGUGAUGGCUUUGUCAGGCGUGGUGACUGACAUGUAUGGCUGUCAAGGUAAGGUAUGAUGGAUUUUUCAGAUGUCUUGGGUGCGAUGGGCCCCAGACCAGAUACCUCACUUUGGUGCUCGUCGAUAAAACUGAAAAUAAUACUUUGCACAUUUGUCUAUAUGGCCAAUAAAGGCGAAUUUUGUGAUAACCGUUUUUCAAAUUAGUGAGUUACCGUAUAGUAAGCCUUUUAGAAUUGUCAAGACCAAUAAUUCUUGACGUUUAAAAAUUAAACUCUGGGGUUUUUGGUAUAAUGGUUUCAUUUGCAGGACUUAACCCGACCUCACAAGCCCCCAAUCAGCUCUUCCCCUCAGCAGCUGCAACGUGAAAUUAAGGAAAUGUACCUUGUGCACACACUUCACGUUUUUUCUUUAAACCGGUUUAACCACUACACCCGCAUAAAAUGUACCCAAACUCGGAGGCGCCCACAUGCCAAGGGGCAGCAAAAAGGAAAUUCGCAAUUUACAUGCAACAAACACCGAACCCUUCAACAUGUUAUGCUUGCUGCGACCCUUGGAAUUUUGUCAGCCCCAUGUAUGAGUGCACGCAAGGUCUGAUCGAUUCCCGCUCACGAAAGUGGCGAAUAUUUGAACCUUCUGGGUCUCCCCUAGGUCGAUUCAGCUAUAAAUGAGUACCUGGUAUGAUGUGUGAACAUUGCCAUUAGGGAGACAGCCGACCAGGCGUGGUGCUGGCCAUCUACCCCUUCGGAUGUGUCAUGCAGGCCAACAAAAGUGUUUGCUAAAAGCAUUCUCACCAGUCUGUUACGUUUAUACGGGGGGUCUUUGUGUGUGCCUCGUGGUGCGUUCUGCCUGACAGGUGGUAUAAUGGGAAUGGUGCCGCAGGGGACUGUAACACUUAUGGUGUUGCGCUGGGGCUGGGUUUUUCACGAAUUGGUGGUGUUGGGCCCAUUACAUUUAGGCGGGUGUAGGUAGUUAUGUACUGUUUUAUCGUGGCUAUAGUAAACGUGACCAGAGGUCUUUAAACCUUAUACCACAAUUUCUUAAACCACUCAAUAUUGUGCAUAUUGCCGUUUUAUCGUGGCCUAUGAAUUAAUGUAACUUAAGUUGUACUAGCACCCUAAUGAACACACUAUCAUAUAGUUUUAAGUUUAAAAUUUGUGUCAGUUUCCCACGGGUUAUUGUAUUAUUUUGACUACCCUUGUGCCCAAAUAUUACGGCUGAUCUGAGAGAUUCCGCUCAUCACCUAAAUGCCACGGCUGCUGAUGGAACAGCCACUGGGGGUCCGAGGGUUGGGGUUUAUGCUCUGCCACAUUGCCACCAAUCACUUUCUUUGAGCAUGUGAAGAGAUCGGUACCAUGAAAUGUAUCCACCUCGUGGCCCGGUGCAGCAUUAAGAGGAAGGUGUGUAGGCUCCCGUUGCAGGUGAACUGCUGCUGCCUCCUGGCUGCCGGGGCUGUUGGUUUCGGGUGUAGAUCCCAAUAACAAAUAUACCUUUAUCAAUGCACUUUUGGAUGAAGGCCCUUCCCAUGCCAUUUAUUCAUCACACGUGUAUAACCAUAUUUGACAUUGCACGUCGUGAAAUAGUGAAGGAAGAGGUUGUGGGGAGUGGCAAUGACCUGUUCAGAUAUCACCUGACACUAAUGGGUUUGACUUGUGUGUCAGGUGUGAUUGGUCUGAUGGUUUUGAUUUGUGGCUGGUGUGCUGUCAUCACACCUCCGAUUAGCGUGGUUGGCGACGUAGUUAGAAAGAAGUUCAACAUAAAUAUGUAUGUGAUGGUACACGAAUUGUGGCACCACCACUCCACUCAUGGGAGGUUUCUCAUGUGAUCCAGAGGCUGUACGCCCCGGCUGGCCCUCACGACUCGGCACAUGUUUUCUUCGAUCUCCCAGUGGCAAGCACAUAACCAGGUGCCUUAGGCAGCACCCAGCAGGUCCCAGUCUCUUGCAACAGUCGGGGUGGCCCUUACCAAGCCAAACUCCUGUUCCUGAUGGUGGCCACAGCUCCCCUGUCAUGUGGCCGCAGAGCCAACGUUAUCGGUCACGUGUGCCCAGUGGCCAGUCCACGGAACGCGGGACAUGAGGCAAGUGGUGGUGGGAUGGCGAUGCCGGGGUAGCCACCAUUCAAUACAUACCGUGAGCUCAUGGCUCUGCGCGUGUCGGCCGCUGGUGGAGGGGUGGUGGGGGCCUUCUGGUGCUAUUGCAUUCAUGAUUUUUUUUUCCUGGCCAGGUGGUGACAAUGCAAAAAAGUGCCACAGCAGAAAUUCAAUUGUAUCCAUUGCUGUGGGCUUUCAUUGUUACCCCUGUGCAUGCAUGGGUUUUCAUCAUGUGCUCUGGUUUUCCUCCCGGAUGAAGCCAAACAAACACUUGUUUUUGGAUUUAGCCAAAUAUCCCAAUGCAGACCCCAUUUGAAAAUGUCUUGAGACAGUGUGACUUUACUGGUUAACUGAGGACACUUAUGAUAUUUUCCAUAUUUAACUAAAACAGCUGUGUUGGGUUGGGAUGUUGGUGAGUGGAUCUUAAUGAGCAGAUCUCGAGUGAGAGUGGUGAACGAGAGUCGUGUGUUUGUGAGCGAGUCUGUCUUGUUUGUCCUGAUUGCCCUGUUGCGCCUGUUAAGGCUGCUCACUUCCUCCUCUCAGUCCCUGCCCAUGGCAUCAUGGCCCCACAAACGCGACCAGUGCCAUUGUGAGAAAAGCUGCUGGAAAACACCACUUCCGCCAAUCACCGUGGGGGAAUUAACCUCAAAUAUGCACCAUCUUCACAGUGCAUGUUAGCAAUCCUAUGACAAUUCGAGGAAGAGUGUAGGCCAUUGUGUUGUAUGUAUGUUGAACUUCUUUCGCACCAUACAUAGUCAAUCAUGCUAAUCGGAGGUGAUGGGCCUCACGGUACAAAUUUGAGAAAUCAAAAGUAUUUUGCAGAAAAGGCGAAAUAUUGCACCAGGGGAACUUGCCCUGAGUGACAAAUAGCACCACCUUGCAUUCAAAGGCAGUUGCCCCCCUCCAAAAUGCAUUGUUGUGCCCCCUAUAUACUCUGCUCUCGGCAACCACCUGUGUUUCCGUGUCUCCUACCUCUAACUCUGCUGCUGCCCCCAUUCCUUGUGUCCCCUGUGAUCUCUGCUUUCUGAUCUCCUAUUUUGGUCUCUGGUCCCCCCUCAUCCCUGCCCUCUCAGAUCUCACAUGCAGGGUGAGGGCGGGGAUCGUGGUGAAUGUGCUGAGGAGGUGCCACGACGGCGCUGAGAGGACGAGCAGCAGCCGGCACACCUCAGCGGUGCGACUGCAUCACGAGGAGAUGCGUGCGGUGCCGUGUGUUUCAGGGGAGGCUGCCUAUCGCAGCUGCCUAUCGCAGCCUCCACAGGACACUGCAGCCGCUGGGUCUGGUCUGUUGGUUUCAGCCACCCAUUUACUCUCACCCAUUUACUUAUACCCAUACAAACCCAUUCACAGCCUUAACAAACUUGGUUGGAGCAAGUGCUGCUAGCGAGCACCUAUGAAGGCUGACAGCACACAAUGGGGUGGGUGGCUAGCACCACCUUUGUCUCAGCAACGAUGUUUACAUAUCGCACCAGGUACUAAUUUGAUACUGAGUCGACCUAGAGGAGGCCCAGGAAUAGUUUAGAUUGUCACUAGUGGAAAUCGAACUCAUGCACCGGAUUUGAAGUGCGGCACGCCAACCGCUACGCGAAAGCAACCCCCUUACACCCACUCACACCAUUAUACCCAGAGCCCUCAGAACUGUUCCCACAAUAUGUCGGAGCUCACCCUUGGAUUCUGUUCUCAUCUGCGGGGUCAGAAUCAUGGCUGAGAGCUUGGUCCGCAAGCAGGGGAGUGCGGCUCCUUGCAAACUUCCCCUCGGACUUGGGGACUCGACUCUCACCUGUGGACUCGUAUCCGGCGUGUCCUCCGUGCCAGUUGACACCCUUUGCUUUGUUCCAUAGGUCAGCGCGGUUAAUCACCGCAAGAUGCUCGCGUAGAGCGCGUGCAGGUUCAAUUGCGCUCCAUUUGCUGGAGGGCGCAGCGUGAGUAUUGGAUGAUGUUUUCGCUCGGCUAUUUCAUGAAUAAAGUGGAAGAAAAUG